CCGCUAGCGGGCCCUUUUGGAAUCGCCGGCCAAACAACCCUAGGAUUGCUUGUCUUAGCUCGGUCGCUCAACCGCUAACUUUGCGCCCAUCAUGGCGGGCAGAAUGGUGCUGUACAAGCUGGUGGUGCUGGGCGAUGGUGGUGUUGGCAAGACGGCCUUGACCAUCCAGCUGUGUUUGCAGCAUUUCGUCGAGACGUACGACCCGACAAUUGAGGAUUCGUACCGCAAGCAGGUUGUCAUCGAUGGCCAGCCCUGCAUGCUCGAGGUCCUCGACACGGCCGGCCAGGAGGAAUACACAGCGCUGCGAGACCAAUGGAUCCGAGACGGUGAAGGCUUUGUUCUAGUCUACAGCAUCGCAUCCCGCUCGUCCUUUACCCGCAUCAAGCGCUUUCACCACCAGAUCCAGCGCGUCAAGGAGUCUGUAGCUUCCUCGCCCUCAUAUCCGGGCUCCCCUCUAUCCGCUGCCAGCCCGCAGCUGCCUGUGCCCAUCAUGCUUGUGGGCAACAAGAGCGACAGAGUCACCGAGCGGGAGGUAUCGACCCAGGAGGGACACGCCCUGGCUCGGGAGCUUGGCUGCGAGUUUGUCGAGGCCUCGGCAAAAAACUGCAUCAACGUCGAAAAGGCCUUUUACGAUGUCGUUAGGAUCCUACGCCGACAGCGCCAGCAGGCCUCGCGACCGCCUGCGGGCGCAAGCGGCCGCGCUCGAACAAGCAAUGGCGAUGUAGGCGGCGGAGGCCGAGACACGCACAAGUACCGGCGCGGCAAGGACGGCGACAAGGGCAAGUCCAAAUGCAUCGUGUUAUGAGCGGCUCCCGCUUGUCACGCCUUCCAACUCCCUAUCAAUUUUUUGAUGGCUGGGUAAUGUCGGAUGCGGCAGCGUAUUUGGUCCCCGGAUGC